AUGACUGCUUCCUCGAAUACCUCUUCACAGCAGCCUUACUGUAAGCGAGGGUAUAUGCGGCUUGCGGAAUAUAUGGCAUGGGACCCUGCAAUGGCAAUACUUCCGCGUUUCCGCUCCUUGAACAUAUACAACCUGCUGCUAUUGCAAGCAGAGAUCUCGGAGCUCGAUGAGGCUUUGACGAAAGCGGUGAAGGGGGCCGACAGCACAGAUGAGCCCAGGAAUGUCAUCUCCACGCAGCUUAGACAAAAACUGGGCGAGUACAAUCAGGCCGUUGUCAAUCAGAUCAUCAUCAACAAUCAACCAAACCCUGGAUGGGACAAUCUUGCCGAUCUUCUGAAAUGGUUGAAGCACACAAGGGGCGGCAAUAGCCAACUCAGAGGGCCAGGUGCAGACGUUUGGUACCCUCCUGAGAUAGGUGGUCGGCCACAUAACGAUCAUUCGGCUUUGGACGCCAGAAACUCGAGGAAAAGCAUACUGGAAAAGCUUGUCUCCCGACACGGAAAUCGGCUGCUCCGGAGGUUGCCAGGAUCAAUGAUCAGUAAGCGACCGUUCUUGCCUGAAGAAGGCUCAACCGCAUGUACGAUGUACAGCAAUGUCGAAUCCUUUGAAAAAAUUGGCGACAAUCUUGCCAGUUUCUCUGCUGCCAUCCUAAUGUUGAUCCCCGUGGUGGUUUUGCAUUUUCUCCGGAGCGCGAACAUGAGGUUGCUUGUGAUUGUAAUCUUCUCUAUUUGCUUUACAGCACUCCUAGUGACUACCACCAAGGCAGAACGGUCGCAAGUUAUUGCAGCUUCGGCGGCGUUUGUCGCGGUGCAGGUUGUUUACGUCGGGAGUGCCUUGACCCAGUGA